AUGCCAACAACGUUGACAAUCGGCUGUCUCGGUCUUGGUGUCGUCGACAAGUUCAACAGCUCCCCGCGCCCCAUGCAACAAGCCCUCCUGAUCUGGCGUGCUUGUACCGCCAAUGACCCUAUUCAAAUCGACGCGGACGACAUCGCCGCCAGUGCUCCUUCGGAUAGCACCGUCCUUACUGCCAUCAUGCCAGCCAGUCAACCUUCGAUAACUCCAGUCACAACCCUUUACAACUAUGAGCCUCUUGGAACGCAACUAGAAGACCCCAAGGGGAAAGCCACCGCGCAUGCAGUCACCCCGGUCAAGGUGAUUGCAGACUAUCCCCCAAGCGAGGGCAUCCUGCAGGAGUUCGAGACAUCCACAGCCUCCCCUGUUAUCGACACCACAUCUGCCAUCAAGCCGACCCACUACAGGAGCGAGUCAUCAAGCUCGACUUCAUCAACAACAACCAUUGCUUCCACAGACUCAGUCCAGAGUGCGACCAGCGAGUGGUCAAAUUCCACAUCGUCCACAUCAAUCUCCGAGUCCACGGUUUCUGAUUGCAAGGUUACCUCUACUUCUCCCAAGGACUGUGAGAUGAUUGCCUCUGUAGCCGUUGAUGGUGGCCUUCAAUGUUUCGCCAUGACGAUUUCCCAUACGCCUCCAGUGGUCCCCAUCGUCAUUGUGACUUCACCCGAGGGAGUCAUCACUAUUGUGCAUGACCAUUCACAGGGGCAGCCCAUCGAGCAAUCAACAUCCAUCAACCACCGAGAACCCAUUGAGCACCACUCAGAGGCUAUCGAAGAGCCCAGACCUAUCGAUCAAGACAGUCACUCCAACUUCACUUGGAAGUUCGAUUUGCCGAUCGACGAGCUAGAAGACCUCUCCUUUGGCUCCCCAAAGUCGCAGUCUGAGCUUGACAGUGAUCGCGAGACCGUAUCCGGUAACAUCUCUCUUUCGACUCUCGCUCCUUUUGCCGAGGAGAUUGAAAUUGCGAGGCAGUCCCAGACUGCCCGUGAUCAUGAUCAACUCGAGACUUAUACAGAAACCUCGCUUGUCUCGACCUCUUUCGACGCUAUCCCCGUCAGGGAGGCUGAUGAUCUGGCAUCGAAAAAGUUCAAAGUCCGCUGCUCCCGCAAAGUGGCGGCAUCAUCCCCUUGCCAUCGCAAGUUCCGCAUCGGUGGCAACCAGUCAUCCCCGGUACGGCCCGUACCACAAAUCAUUGUAACAUCGCCUGCCGAUAUCAUCCCAAGUGAGAAGGACAACGGUGAAUACCCAGAGGAUGACGUCCAUGAGGAUUCCAAGUUCUUGGCCGUUCCCGGACGCAGCCAGACAAAAUACGACACACUCCCUCGCAACCUGGCCACACAGCUUGUCCCGGAGUUCUCGGCCACGGAGGCUAACUUCGCCCCCUCAUCGCCUGCCCAAAAGGAAGAGUGGCUGAAUAAGUGGGCAGAGAAGCGUUGUUUGACGAAGGUCCGGGCCACAAGGCGGACGAUCGACACCUCGGCCGCGAAAGAGAAGAUGAGGGUGGAGAAUGACAAAGUUUUCCUUCCCCCAAUUACUACCGAGACACCGCGCGCCCGCCAAAUUGACACUUUCGCCGAGGACUGGGUCUCCAGAACCCCAGAGCCUGCAGUUAGCUCACUUGACAAGUGGAGUGAAGACCAAGACGAAGGGUUUGAUGACCUCUUUGGCGAAGAGCAUGAGGCCUUGGAUGGGGUGGAUGGUGGAACAAGAGAGAACGGCAACUCUACCACCGACUCGUCGACUAGCGACACUCGAUACACAAUCACUCAUCACUUUGAUGAUCUCUUCGAUUGGAAGAACGAGGGCAAGGCGGUCAAGGGUCAAGAUCUGAAUGUUGGGGGAAAGAAGCGCCAGGACGAUGAGUCGAGUAAUGUCAAGUGCACAGGGAAGGUCACUUUGACCACCCGGACCCAAUCCAGCAAAGAGCAUGACAAGCAGCUUGACAAGAGCGCCCUGGUGUCUGCCAUGUGCCAGAAAUGGGGUCCCGAUCGUUUUGAUCGAUGGUGCGAGGAAUACGCUACACCAAUCUCCGAGACCAUCUGGGAUGAGGAUUGCACCGGCCUUGAGGAAUACUGCAAACCUCAGAGCGAGCCUGCUCCCAUGGAAGACCAGGUUGGCAUUGAAGUUACUUCGACCCCCCGCCGCCAUUCUUUACCUUGUGAGAAGCCUUCGAGACGGUAUCUUCGGACGCGACGUAGCUUAGGCCUCGGCCAGCGCAAGGAUGACGUCUUAACCGGACAGCAUUUGAGGCACUCGGAACUCCAGCGAUGGGCCGAAGAGCGAGAUCCGAUGAAAUACGAUCAGGAUUUUGUGCUCGACUGUGACGACCGGGAGUAA